CGACCAGCAAGUGCUGUAGCCAGCAGAACUGAAGGUAUACGGUACCUAGGUACCCCCACAGUAGCCGUCUCCACAUAGUUACCCAGAACCUGUACACGGCCAGACACGGUGAAUGGUUCAUAGUGAUAGUCAAUCCAUCAUACCUAGUGAAACGCAUGUGAAUGUAUACAUGUAUGCAACUGCAGAAACAUUUCCACCACCUAGAUCGGCUGCUUCUGUCUCAACUCUUCCACCGGUUUCGAUACAUCGACCGCUAGGUAGUCCAAGGCCAUCUCCCUACCUACCUGUCUCCAUGUCACUGAAUGCGCCGAGGCCAAUUGGUCCACCCCCGAUAUGCCUGACCAGUUCGGCCUCUCAGCGAGCUCUUCUGAACAUGUCUUAAACCACACCGAACACGACAAGCUGAGAUCAUUAUCGAGGUCUCCUCACCCAUACCAUCGCCAAAUCUCCGAGCUGCUCGAACCCUCUAGCUGCUAUUCCACUAAACGGCAAAGCCCGCCGCCUACCGACAGUGGUACCGAAGCCGACGAUGAGCACUAUCUAAAGGGGCUACCAGCCCCGAGGAGAUUGCACAAGGGCUUGCGCGGACGUAAUGAGGCUUCUUCAGGCGCGUCCACUCCUUAUCUCGCGCCUCACGAUGAAGAAGAGAUACGACUUGCUCUCAACGCAAAGAAGGACAGGUCAGCCCCCAGUCAGACCUCCGCUCUCGUCUCAGAUAAGUUGAGAAAAAAGCGUACCAAGGAAAUCAUUCGUCGCUUGGCCGAGCUACUAAUUAUCGGUAUAUUGGGUCUAUGUGUACAAGCCAACACGCGAGUGUGGCCUGUCUUACAGAAGUCAAGCCGUGGUAAAUAUGAAUCCUCGCGCCGCGCUGACUUUGGUGGGAAAGCUAAUUGACGGAAUUCUGUGCAGAACUCGGCCAAGCUGUAGGAGU